GAACGCCUCAUACGUCGUACAUUGAGAAAACGUUGAUCAGUUGAGAAUCAGUUGAAAUUCCCCACGGAUCAUUAAAACUUUUACUCCGCCUGGAUCUGACAAUUUAUCCUUUAACUGAGAAAACUACACAAACUUUGGGAUUGAAACAUCAGCGUCUGGAGCCGGCGGCCUCUAAACUGAGCAGCUGUUUCCGCGGACCGUAGAUAACACCGAACAGAUUGUUUUAUGGAGGCGGUUUUGAGCUGCAAACCCGAGGACCUGGAGGAUUAUUACGGGUUAUUAGGAUGUGAUGAGUUAUCCACGACUGAACAGAUCAUCAAUGAAUACAAGAUCCGAGCCUUGGCGUGCCAUCCGGACAAACACCUCAACAACCCUGCAGCAGUGGCAGAUUUUCAGAAGCUACAAGAGGCCAAAGAGGUUUUAUGCAAUGAAACUAAAAGGAAAAACUACGACCUGUGGAAAAGAAGUGGAGUAGCGAUACCGUUCCACGACUGGCAGGCCUUGAACGACUCUGUGAAAACAUCAAUGCACUGGGCGGUGAGAAACAAGAAGGAACCGAUGCUGGAGGCGUCAAAACCUGAAACCCAGGACACUUCACCAGCUGAGGAUCAUGACCACGGUGACCAAGAAGAGGCAACGACGCCUUCCACUGAUGCCACGCCGCCUUCAGGUGAAUACUAUCACCUGCGUUUCCGUUGGGCUGCGGAUUCUCCAUCCAAUCUGCUGCGGAAGUUCAGAAAUUAUGAAAUCUAAAUAUACAGUAAAAAAAAAAAAAAGUUGUGUGUUUAUUUUUUGUGUUGCUGCUUCAGGUAAUGUUGCACAAACUGUUUUGUCCACUGUUGUGAUGAUGGUCCAUGAAUCCUGGAAAGUGAAGAUUUUAAAUCAGAGUAAAUGAGUAUUUUAUGUUGAUGUGCAUUAAAUCCUGUUGUGAAUUGUUCCAAGCGAUGACUGAUACUGAAUAUAUUAAAUGUAUUCUGUUUCAAAUCUAUACUUGUGCUGCUUUCAGUGUUAUAAACUACACUGUUUUAUGUGCUUUAUUUUGCUUAUGUGGAUGAUUAUGUGCACCAUGUCUUAUAACAUAAUGUAUAUAAGAUUAUCUCAGCCCAGUAAAGCCAUUCUACGAGCAUCUGAAGUAUCUUUAAAAUUGCUAUAAGUUAUUUGCUGUUAUUUUUCAGAUUGUUGCAGUGUUCACUGUGUUCAUGGUAUAAUUAAACGUAUAUUUUUGGACUGCAA